AAAGGAUAAGAAUGCUUUGGGUGAAGCCGAUAUUUUGCUUUUUCGUUCUGUAAAAUUUGAAACAAAUGGAAACGAGGAGAGUGAGCCUAACAAAUCCAACGAAAAUGUGUGCUUUCCCCCUAAGCAUCCUCUCUCUUCUCCUCCUCUUGCAGAUCUCCCCCGCCGCCGCCUUGCUCCGCGCGCCGCCCAGGCUGCCGUCUGGUGCCGCCGAGAAGCUGAUUCAAGAUCUCAAUCUGUUUCCCAACUCACCGAUCAACAUCGUCGAUGGCGACCUUACUACUGUUGACGUUCCAAAGCUCGUCGAGAAGCGAUUUAGGUUCCCGGAUUCGGUCGAUCCCAGCGGAGUUUCGUUGGAGGAAUUAGGUCACCAUGCCGGUUACUAUCAGAUUGAGCAUUCUCAUGACGCCAGGAUGUUUUACUUUUUCUUUGAAUCACAAAAUAGCAAUAAAGACCCUGUUGUUAUCUGGUUAACUGGUGGGCCAGGUUGUAGUAGUGAGAUGGCCCUUUUCUUUGAAAAUGGCCCUUUCACUAUUGCCAAUAACUUAUCUCUAGUGCGCAAUGACUAUGGCUGGGACCAGGUUUCAAACAUUUUGUUUGUCGACCAGCCUGUUGGAACUGGCUUUAGCUAUAGUUCUGAUAGGCGCGACAUUCGCCAUAACGAAAAGGGUGUCAGCGAUGACUUAUAUGACUUUAUGCAGGCUUUCUUCAAGGAGCAUCCUGAACUGGCGGAGAAUGAUUUCUACAUUACUGGAGAAUCAUAUGCCGGACACUAUAUUCCAGCUUUUGCAGCUCGUGUCUACCGAGGAAACAAAGAGAAAGAUGGAAUUCAUAUAAAUUUAAAGGGAUUUGCUAUUGGAAAUGGGCUCACAGACCCAGCAAUUCAGUAUGGCGCAUAUGCUGAUUAUGCUCUUAAUAUGGGAAUACUUACGCAAACUCAGCAUGAUCGUAUCAACAAGGUGCUUCCGCUCUGUGAAACAUCCAUAAAACUUUGUGGAACUGAUGGGACAUUAUCCUGCAUGGCUGCCUACUUCGUUUGCAACACAAUAUUCAGUUCUAUUAUUGCACAUGCUGGAAAUGUGAAUUAUUACGAUAUUAGAAAGGAGUGUGAAGGCAGUCUAUGCUACGACUUCUCAAACCUGGAAAAAUACCUCAACCAAAAGUCUGUGAGGGACGCAAUUGGGGUUCGAGACAUAGAGUUUGUACCUUGUAGUACAACUGUCUACCAGGCCAUGCUCAUGGACUGGAUGAGGAAUCUUGAAGUGGGUAUUCCAGAGCUUCUAGAUAACGGAGUGAAGCUGCUGGUGUACGCUGGCGAAUAUGACCUGAUCUGCAACUGGCUCGGUAACUCGAGGUGGGUCCACGCAAUGGAGUGGAAUGGUCAGAAAGAGUUUGUGGCAUCCCCUGAAGUUCCUUUUGAAGUUGAUGGUUCGGAAGCAGGAUUAUUGAAAAGCCACGGACCUCUUAGUUUCUUGAAGGUACAUGAUGCUGGACACAUGGUUCCAAUGGACCAGCCUAAAUCUGCUUUGGAAAUGCUGAGAAGGUGGAUGAGUGGUUCACUCUCUCGAGACACUUCUCAAGAGGAAACCCUUGUUUCUUCAAUGUGAUUUUGUGGCUGGUUAUAUUACACUGAAAACUAAACAAAAAAAGGGCAGAAAAAUGGAAGUUUGUAAAUGAGACCAAUGGACAUGUUAUUCCAUUUGCAUGCUCGGUCGGGACAAAAUUAUAUUUUCUGCACUCUGUACUAAGUUUAAUUGCUGUGGCAUGUUUGAAAUGGGAAUUCUGAAUUAGGGUAAUGUUUUGACUGAUGUUGGUUUUUUGACGAGGUAAAUACGAAUCCCUUUGGGCUAAUGGAUAAAAAGGAAGAUUUGUUACUUGUAUAAGAAUUUUAGAAUAGAACUCUGAGUUGGGAAGACUGAAAACUGAAUUGUUUUGUGCAAACAAAGCUGAGUUUGCAUCAUCAUUUUUGAAAUGUUGGAUGGGAAAAAUUUCCUGCCAGUGGCACUGCCUUGCAAUAUUUAUUGAAAGUUGCUCUGAUCUUUCUAUCGUGCUCGUCAAAUGUAUUCAUC